GUCGCCUUUGCCCAGUCCGGAUGUUCCCCACAGUAGCGAUUAACGAGCAGCAGUGUGUGAAUGUGGCAACCGAGGUAGACAGGGAGGGGUAGAUACAGCCUGGGCAGGAGCUUUUUGGUCUUUUUCCUCAUUAUUUCGCUUUAUGAAAAGAACACUUUUGUUUACAUUUUAUGUUAAGCCCCGGUGGUGGAGUUGUUGGUGAAGCAGCGUACCGGGCCGACGCUGUUUUUUUUCCCGGGACUGACUUGAGUGUGGAAACAGCUCAGAAGAAAGAAGCAAAGGGAGAAACAACAUGGGGCGAUAAUUAAAGAGAGGAAGAGAAGAAGCGACGAUGACUCCCCGCGGGGAUCCGUGAAGCUUAUUUAAUUUAAUUUAUACUCCCUUUUCCUUUACCCUCCUGUUUUUUUUGUUUUUGUUUCUUUUUUCGUUAACGUACUCCCCCUUGCUACUUUGGGGGUGUCACUAUUAUUUUUAAAUAAGGACAAGGUUGAGGGAUACGUUGGAACCGAGCUGUUCAACCAUGGACCAAGCCGGCAUCCUGAGAAAGUUUAUCCAAAGGGUGAAGGCCAUGAGCGAAGGGGACGAGGAGAGGGGAGAGGACAACUUCGGCAACGACUUUAUGCGGUUGCGGCGGUUAUCGACUAAAUACCGAACAGAGAAAAUCUAUCCCACCAAUGUAGGAGAGCGAGAAGAGAAUGUGAAGAAGAACAGAUAUAAAGACAUACUGCCAUUCGAUCAUAGUAGAGUAAAGGUGACGUUAAAAACAGCCAAUCAGGAUACAGAUUACAUCAAUGCUAACUUCAUCAAGGGCAUGGAUGGCCCAGAAGCCUAUAUUGCCACCCAGGGCCCGUUGCCAAACACUGUCAUCGACUUCUGGAGGAUGAACUGGGAAUACAACAUAGCUGUUAUUGUAAUGGCUUGUCGAGAGUUUGAGAUGGGCAGGAAAAAAUGUGAGCGAUAUUUCCCAGUACUGAAGGAGGAGCCCAUGACUUUUGGUCCUUUCAGAAUCUCCUGUGAAACAGAACAAGCCAGGACAGAUUACUUCAUCAGGACAUUGGUGGUGGAGUUUGAAAAUGAGACCCGUAGAAUAACACAGUUCCAUUACAUUAACUGGCCCGAUCACGACGUUCCCUCUUCCUUUGACUCCAUACUGGAUAUGAUCGGACUGAUGAGAGAAUAUCAGGAGAAUGACGACGUCCCUAUAUGUGUGCACUGCAGCGCGGGCUGUGGGAGGACGGGUGCUAUCUGUGCUAUUGACUACACAUGGAACCUCCUCAAAGCUGGGAAAAUACCGGAGGACUUUAACGUUUUCCGGUUGAUCCAGGAAAUGAGGACGCAGAGACAUUCUGCUGUUCAAACCAAGGAACAGUACGAGUUGGUUCAUAAAGCCAUCGCUCAGCUCUUUGAGAAACAACUGCUGCUACUGGAGAGCCCCACCAACACACAAAUACUGGAUGGCAUGGUUGAAAGCAGUCCAGAUAAAACAAGCCACCAUUCGGAUGAUGAAAGGUGGGACACACCGCCUCCUAAACCUCCCCGUGUUCGCAGUGCCCAGGCAGAAGGCGAUGUUAAGGAGGAGAUCCUUCAGCCCCCUGAGCCUCACCCUGUACCCCCCAUUCUCACUCCGUCUCCCCCCUCAGCCUUCCCCACAGUCACCAACGUGCGACAGGACAAUGACCGCUACCAUCCCAAACCUCUUAUACACGUCCUGGCGUCCUCACAGACCAAUGUGACACAGCAUAAAGAUGGGGACCGGCUGCACAACCAGUCAGAAGCCAGUCCAAACAAACAAACCCAUACCUCAGAACGGAAAGACCAAGUUCUACAAAGCCAGGAACAGCAGACCCAGGUCUCCAAUCUGGAUCUGAAUGAAAAUUACAAUAACAAAUUGUCUUCUGCGUCAUCGAAUCAGAAAUCAGAAUCAUCUGGCCAGGGUCAGACCCAGACCCCCUCCUCGCCCCUCUCCCCUUCUCUGGAAUGUUCUGGUGUUCCGAGGAUCGAAAGAAAGCUGAGCAUUGAAAUUAAGAAGGUGCCGCUGCAGGAAGGACCUCGGAGCUUCGACACCACCACAUCCUCCUCUGGAGGAGUGGCAGGAGGUCUCAGCAGCUCUUCAGCCAACAGUGGGAGCAUGUUACAAAGAUCCCACGCCUUCAAAGUCCGUUCUGGUCCAUCCCUGCUGACGUCAAGCUCCUCGCUGUCUGAGGACUCGGGCACAGAAGGAGGAGCAGGAGGAGAGAGCAACACAGGCGGAGGAGGUCCGGUUCGACCAAACCAUCUCCCUGUGAAGGGGGGGGAAAGGGGGGAGUUACCGAGAGGAGAGAGAGCAGAGGUAAAAACGGGCCACGCCACAUGGUCUCAGUCCUCCAGCAGCCCUGAUAAACAGUAUCCAAAGACCUCCUCCUCGUCCUCCUCCUCAGACCGCGUCCCUCCAUCGUCAUCCUCCUCCUCCUGCCACCUCUCCUCCACCUCAUCGUCCUCCUCCUCCUCCUCGACUACACCUGUUAGAACUGCCCUGAGCUUCACCAACCCCCUGCACUCGGACAACUCAGAUGAGGAAGGGGACGCAGAGAUGUCCGCGAUAAAGGAGGGUUAUCGCACUAACGUUUCCAUGACGUCGGGCAUGGUCACAGCACCCCCUCAUCACGGAGAUCAGCCACCGGCCAGGAAGGUGGUGUCGAUGUCCAUAGCUGGACAUCGGUCUCCAUCACCAACGGCUGCAUCGACGGCAAACCCUCAGGAGGUGAAACCCUCGGACCCACCUGAGUGGAGUGGAUCACACACAGACGUGUCCGACCGUGUUAACAAGACGUGUCCGCCUGACCCCACGUCUGCUGGAACCACGGCCUCAGACAGCAAAGCAGACCUGGGGUUCGGUAACCGCUGCAUCCAGCCUAAAGGCCCUCGCGAACCCCCCCUGGAGUGGACAUGAUGGCGUGAUUCGUCUGCUUGUCCACCACCAGUGUCCUCACCUGUCAGGAGACGUACUCUGCUGAUCACACCUGGCUGGUCCAAAAAAAACAACAAAAAAAAACAAGUUGAUCGAUGCUAAACAGGCAGACAGACAGACAGACAGACAGGCAGCACACUGUUAUACAGAAGCUCCCUCUGUGUGACUGUGUCGCCGACAACUUGUCAGGACUGAGCUCCUCUCCUCCUGCUACUCCUCCUCUUCUCUCUCCUCCUUCCCUUCUUCCUUCACAGUGCCACUGCAGAGGAACACUUGCUGCUGAAGUGGCCUGUCAUAAGAACAAAGCUCACAUUCUUCCUGCUCAACUUGCUGAUGAUAGAGAUUUGGACUUCUCUUGACGCUGACCUGGGAUCAGUCUGGUUAGUUUUCUGUUUAUGGUUAAAGGAUAAUUCCUGUCUUUUUUUAUAUAUAUAUUUUGGUGACUGGAGAGUAGAUUAAUGAAAAAAAAUGUUAGUUCUGUUUUCUCUCUCGGAGCUGUAGACACAUCAUGGGGACUUUUAUCCAUUUUUAGGCUAAAAGAAGAGGAAUGUAGGUGAAAACCUUCCGUAUUUAAUCGCGGGGUGCUCUUCUUAAAUUAACAGGAGGAACACUUUGUUUCAAACCAAAUGAGAAAACUUGUAUUCUGUCCUCAAUCCGGAGUUAACUUUAAUCACAUGAGCUACUCAGGGAAGUCGAGACCUGGGACUUAGCUGAGCUCGGACAGACGUUGUGGGGUCCACUUCCUCCUACUGAACAAUGGUGAACCAAGAUAAUCUGUUACCCGUGACGCAACAUUUCCUGUAGGGUAUGUGUAGGUUGCUGGGGUGCUGUCUCUCUUUCUCUCUCUCUCUCUCUCUCUCUCUCCCUCCCCCCCGCCUCCCCCCCCCCCCCUUCUCUCUUUGUGUUGGUGCUACAUUAUAAAGGAUCAGAUCAGAGACCAGCAUUCAUCCAGCUCUCCUGUGAUCACUGAUCUGAUCUGUCACACGUCCAUGCUGACCCUCUGUUCAAAAGAGGACCGAGGCUGAUAUUGUUUGGUCGGCUGCCGCACAGAAAUGCUAACUACCGUUGGCGUGGUAGAUCUGGUUUUAAGAAUUCAUGCGGUGUUAACAAAUCCCUUUUAAAUGGUGGAGUUUUAAUCCUCUGGCUUUUGUUUUGGUUUUUUUUCCUCAUCAUCUACAAGAGUUGGGCUGGGUAGUGUUCGUGUUUCGUUGCCUACAUGGCUGUGUAAACAGGUGGUGGCCAAGUUGGUUGGACCUGCGUAGUGUGUCGUA